CUUUGGUCCAGAGCGGGUGUUUUAUACAGCUUCGAUACAUACUUCUUGUCCAGACGGGUUAUUAUGCUUUCUGUUUUCAGUCCGCUCCGCCAAUUGUGGAAAUGGACAAGAAGCCGGAAUAUAUUAUUAUCGCCUGCGAUAAUGCUGGGGACUAUAAAACGCCUGUCGUGUGCGAAAAGGCCACCAAUCAGCACCACGUUUCAUUUAUAUUUGCACCUAAUCUACUACAUCCAUCUCAUUUCCUUCCAGGCCUUCGCCGCUACUCCGUUCCUCUAUUUUGCUACAACGGACAAAAACGUGGUGCUCCGCACUAUUCAUUAUGCAUUUUGCAUUUCUGAUCCUGGUUCUGGUGCGAUGCGCUGGUUGCUUGCUGGCAAUUCCUGGUCAGAAGACCAUCACCGCCUGUCACUAAGGCACCUUGGCUUGCACUAUGAGAUAAUUUCGCUUUAUGACUACAGGAUUGAAACAUGGCAGCGGAGCCGUCGGAACAUGGAGGUCUUAUAGACGUAUUCUAUAGAUAGGCAUAGUCGCACCUGUUCGUUGCUACUGCCGAUGAUCCUUUCC